AUGGCUAGAAAAUCUAUGGCUGUAGAGUUAGAGCAGCUGGGCUGGGAUACAGCUGGGAAGAUGCUUCAAUUGGCUGAAAUAUUUAAUGCGCCAAGUGAUGAAGAAGAUUUUCUUGGUUUUCAACUUGAUAUUCCUAUGAAAACGUUGACAUUGGAAGACAGGAAUGAGAGCUUGCCUGGAACAUCGAGAAUGGCAAUGGAAUUAGACCGAGACAAUAACCCAUCUCUAACUGAGGAAGGAGAAAAUGAAGAAGCAAUGGAAACUGACUCAACUCAUAAGAAAAGAAAAUUCAAACUUCGAGGAUCAAUGCAGCUUCCUAACAAAUCAGCUAAAAAGUCUUCCCCCCAAUCCAACGAAUCUCCUUUUCCUAAACAAAGAAAAAAUACAAAUGUGAGAAAUGCAGAUCCAGAUACUUCUUCUGAAUCUGAGGCAGAUGAGGCACCAGAUGAAAACUCUAAUGCACUUUCGAGGAGAGAUCAGAAUAUACAAGAAAAUAAAGCUGUGCUUGCACAGUUACUAGCAGACCUAGAAGCUAUAUCUUCCGCAACUGAAACUCCUUCAACUAAACGAAAGAAAGUACUAAGGACAAGAUCUUCAAGAGACACAAUACAGCGUCGAGCUAACCCAAUGAGGAGUGCUCGGCCCCCAGAAAACUUUGCUGUGGAAAGAAACCCACCUAUGCAAUGGGUUGAUAAUGAAACCUAUCACAACUUAAUGAAGAGAAAACUAAAUGAGCAUAUUUUAGGAUCGCCGAAAAAAAGAAAAAUGGUAAGAAUCACAGGACUUCGAUCAGUUGUCGUAACAAAUGAAGAACUAGAACAAACUGCAUUUAAUAAUAAAGACAAAAUCCACCAUAAGAUUUGGGGAACCACAUGCCAUCAGUGCCGCCAAAAGACAUUGGAUACAAAAACCAUCUGUCAUAAUGAAGACUGUGUCGGUGUGCGGGGACAGUUCUGUGGACCAUGUCUCCGUAAUCGCUAUGGAGAAGAUGUGAAAGUAGCACUUCUGAAUCCAGAGUGGUUGUGCCCUCCUUGCCGCGGAGUAUGUAACUGCAGCUCCUGCCGCAAGCGUGAUGGUUACUGUGCCACUGGAACACUUAUCCACCUGGCAAAGCUUUACGGCUAUAGCAGUGUGAAGGAGUAUCUUGAAAGGUAAGCUUAUACCUAAAUUUUUAUAGAGUGGUUUGUAUCAGUAUUUCCAAUUUUGUCAGUUCUAAGAAAUCACUGUAUAUAACAAUCCAACUUGCUGUGUUUAUUUUACUUUUAUUUAUUUAGAUUUAUAUUCCAUCCUUUCUUCAGGGUGGCAUACCUACUGCUUCUCUCAUUUGCCCCCCUCCCCAAUGCCAAACUAUCUUUUGGGGUAGACAGUGAGUUUGGGUUUGUGUUGAUAUAGAUUUUUCACGAAGUGUGCAGUCAUGCAGUUUCACAAGUAAUAAUUUUGCUUAGCUGAUCUUAUGAUUACUUUACAGUAUAUACUUGUUGGAAUAUUUAUAUUCCUUGUUUAGUCUAUUCUGAACUGAAAUUUUAAAAAAAUCCUACCAGGCAACGGAAUGAGGUUAAGUUCUUUAUCCAAGAGCAAUGGCAGCAACUGUUAGGUGAGUGGUGGCAAAGACUACUUUCUUCCAGUCCAGAUUAAUAUACGUCACAGUCAGUUUCUCCUUUCCCAUUCAUCCAAUUCCAUCCUCACAUCAUCCCCUAUAAGUAAUUGCUUUCCUCCCAUGCCAGGGUAUCUUACAUUUUCUGAGAAUAUAUUUGUCUAAUAAUGAUUUGCGUGGGUAAGCUACUUUUAAAGCUUACAAACAGUGAAGAGUAAGUUCAGUGAAUCUUUAAGAAAGUGAGACAUGGCCUCUGAGUCUUAAUAAAACAUUCUUUCUAAAUAUUCUAACACCCUGUCCAAUAUCUUUGCCAAAAUUAAGAGACUUUUAAUUUUGAAAAAUAAUUUUGUAAAUGCAUUCAAUAGUUUUGCUUUUUUCUUAUAAAGGUCGUGACUUACUAUUUACAUUGGAAGCUGGAACAAUACAAUUGGUGGUAUUAUAGCUCUUUGAAAUAGAGUUUGUAAUAGUCACAUUCUCUUUCUUAAACUCUAAACAUUUUUCUUUUUCUUCUUUAUUGCAGCAUGCCAAUGCUUCAUGGUAAUGGAAAUGAGUGAAAAUACUCAAGACACCAGUACAAACUCUGAUUUUGGUGAUUUAUGUAUAUAGUUAUAUUAGUUAAAAAUUUAAAUCUUGAACUUUCAUUUAUAAUCAUUAAGUUUAAAUAAUUUCAGAAAUGUGGAAUAACCACUUUUGAUUUAUUAAAUAUUUCUAUGGAAAAAGGCUGUUAAUAUUGGGAACAGCAAUAUUUUCCUGCAUAUAAUAAAAUGAUCUACUGUUUAAAAAUAUUUUUCUUUAUAGACUUAGUUUAGAAAUAAAAUUAUAAAAUAUUUAGAAAUAUUAAUAGUAAAAUAUUUAGUAAAAGUAAUAAAAUGGUAAGUUGACUUUGCAAUUUAUGUCAGACUUUAAACUUCUGAAGACAAGCAGUCCAAACCACUGUUUAUUCUAAUUUGCAGUAGAACAACUUCUGAAACAGUAAUAAAAGUCCAGGAAAAGGUGCUCCUUAAACUGACAUUUUGUUUUUGAAAGACCAUCUGGUUCUAAUAUAUAUUUGUUGAAAUUUGUCAUUCCGUUGGAUUUAAAGUUGAAUGUAUGGCCAAGAAUUUCACAGGAUAAAUAGCAAGAACAACAUUAUAUAGGUCUUUGCACAUCAGGCAUGGUGUUGACUGUUUUCAUAUUCAUAAAUGACUAAGUUAGGCUACUAUUUACUUCAUGUUUAUUUUCAUUAUUAUUAUUAUUUGUUAAUGUUAAAUGGAAGAAAACUGCACAUUUCUUCUGUAUUUUUAGGCUGCAAAAAUACAGAAGGU